CCAAGAGCCGCCAUCCCUCCUCCGCCCCCGCCUCCGCCUCCCUCUCCUCGGCAAUCAGGGGAAUAAAUCAGGGAAGAAAUAGAGAGGGGAAAAGAGAGAGAAGAUAGUGAGAGUGCGCGGGCGCUGGAAGGCUCGCCCAGGUUGGUUUCCAAAGUCGCCCUUGAUGGCGGCGGAGGCGCGGCAGCCUCGGCGCUGAGCUGCAGACACGCGCUGGAGGGUCCGCCCGCCGCCGCCCCUUCCCCGCGCCGCGCCCCCGCCCCAGCCCAGUCCGCGCCCCGGCCGGGCGCGCCGGCCCAGCAGACGUCCGCGGCCGGACGCGAGUGCUCCUUCUCGUCCCGCGGUUUCCUGCCCCGGUCCCUUCCCCGUCUGGGGAGGGAGGCGGGAUUGAUCUUCGAUCGCGAAGAUGGCUGCUGGCUGCCUGCUGGCCUUGACUCUGACACUUUUCCAAUCUUUGCUGAUCCGCCCCUCGUCUGAGGAGCCGUUCCCUUCGGCCAUCACGAUCAAGUCAUGGGUGGAUAAGAUGCAAGAAGACCUUGUCACACUGGCGAAAACAGCAAGUGGAGUCAGUCAGCUGGUUGAUAUUUAUGAAAAAUACCAAGAAUCGUAUACUGUGGAACCAAAUAAUGCACGCCAGCUGGUGGAAAUUGCAGCCAGAGAUAUUGAAAAACUUCUAAGCAACAGAUCUAAAGCCUUGGUGCGCCUGGCUUUGGAAGCAGAGAAAGUUCAAGCAGCCCACCAGUGGAGGGAGGAUUUUGCAAGUAAUGAAGUUGUCUACUACAAUGCAAAGGAUGAUCUUGAUCCUGAAAAAAAUGACAGUGAGCCAGGGAGCCAGAGGAUAAAACCCAUUUUUAUUGACGAUGCUAAUUUUGGACGACAAGUGUCCUAUCAGCACGCGGCAGUCCAUAUUCCCACCGACAUCUAUGAGGGCUCAACAAUUGUAUUAAAUGAACUCAACUGGACAAGUGCCUUAGAUGAAGUUUUCAAAAAAAAUCGAGAUGAGGAUCCUUCAUUGUUGUGGCAGGUGUUUGGCAGUGCCACGGGCCUAGCCCGAUAUUAUCCGGCUUCUCCAUGGGUUGAUAACAGCCGAACUCCAAACAAAAUUGACCUUUAUGAUGUGCGCAGAAGACCAUGGUACAUCCAAGGAGCUGCAUCUCCUAAAGACAUGCUUAUUCUGGUCGAUGUGAGCGGAAGUGUUAGUGGAUUGACACUUAAACUGAUCCGAACGUCUGUCUCCGAAAUGUUGGAAACCCUCUCAGAUGAUGAUUUUGUGAAUGUAGCUUCAUUUAACAGCAAUGCCCAGGAUGUAAGCUGUUUUCAGCACCUUGUACAAGCAAAUGUAAGAAAUAAGAAAGUACUGAAAGAUGCGGUGAAUAAUAUCACAGCAAAAGGGAUUACAGAUUAUAAGAAGGGCUUUAGCUUUGCGUUUGAACAGCUGCUCAAUUAUAAUGUUUCCAGAGCUAACUGCAAUAAGAUCAUCAUGUUGUUCACGGAUGGAGGAGAAGAGAGAGCCCAGGAGAUAUUUGCUAAAUACAAUAAAGAUAAAAAAGUACGAGUAUUCACGUUUUCAGUUGGUCAACAUAAUUAUGACAGAGGACCUAUCCAGUGGAUGGCGUGUGAAAACAAAGGUUAUUAUUAUGAAAUUCCUUCCAUUGGAGCAAUAAGAAUCAAUACUCAGGAAUAUUUGGAUGUUCUGGGAAGACCCAUGGUUUUAGCAGGAGACAAAGCUAAGCAAGUCCAGUGGACCAAUGUGUACCUGGAUGCCCUGGAACUGGGACUUGUCAUUACUGGAACUCUUCCGGUCUUCAAUAUAACCGGCCAAGUUGAAAAUAAGACAAACUUAAAGAACCAGCUGAUUCUUGGUGUAAUGGGGGUUGAUGUGUCUUUGGAAGAUAUUAAAAGACUAACACCACGUUUCACACUGUGCCCCAAUGGCUAUUACUUUGCAAUUGAUCCUAAUGGUUAUGUCUUAUUACAUCCAAAUCUUCAGCCAAAGCCUAUUGGUGUAGGUAUGCCAACAAUUAAUUUAAGAAAAAGGAGACCCAAUGUUCAGAACCCCAAAUCUCAGGAGCCAGUAACUUUGGAUUUCCUUGAUGCAGAAUUAGAGAAUGAUAUUAAAGUGGAGAUCCGCAAUAAAAUGAUAGAUGGAGAAAGUGGAGAAAAAACAUUCAGAACUCUGGUUAAAUCUCAAGAUGAGAGAUACAUCGACAAAGGAAACAGGACAUACACUUGGACUCCUGUCAAUGGCACAGAUUACAGUUUGGCCUUGGUAUUACCAACCUACAGUUUUUACUAUAUAAAAGCCAAAAUAGAAGAGACAAUAACUCAGGCCAGAUAUUCAGAGACACUGAAGCCGGAUAAUUUUGAAGAAUAUGGAUAUACAUUCUUAGCACCAAGAGAUUACUGCAAUGACCUAAAAAUGUCAGACAAUAACACCGAAUUUCUUUUAAAUUUCAAUGAGUUUAUUGACAGGAAAACUCCAAAUAGUCCGUCUUGUAACACAGAUUUGAUUAAUCGGGUCUUGCUGGAUGCAGGUUUUACAAGUGAACUAGUCCAAAAUUAUUGGAGUAAGCAGAAAAGCAUCAAGGGAGUGAAAGCGCGGUUUGUUGUGACUGAUGGUGGGAUUACCAGAGUUUAUCCCAAAGAGGCUGGAGAAAAUUGGCAAGAAAACCCAGAAACAUAUGAAGACAGCUUCUACAAAAGGAGUCUUGAUAAUGAUAACUAUGUGUUCACUGCCCCUUAUUUUAACAAAAGCGGACCUGGUGCUUAUGAAUCAGGCAUUAUGGUAAGCAAAGCUGUAGAAAUAUCGAUCCAAGGAAAACUUCUUAAACCUGCAGUUGUUGGAAUUAAAAUUGAUGUAAAUUCUUGGAUAGAGAAUUUCACCAAAACAUCGAUCAGGGAUCCGUGUGCUGGUCCAGUUUGUGACUGCAAAAGAAACAGUGAUGUAAUGGAUUGUGUGAUUCUUGAUGAUGGUGGAUUUCUUUUAAUGGCAAAUCAUGAUGAUUAUACUAACCAGAUUGGAAGAUUUUUUGGAGAGAUUGAUCCAAGUUUGAUGAAACACCUGGUUAAUAUAUCGGUCUACGCUUUUAACAAAUCUUACGAUUAUCAGUCAGUGUGUGAGCCUGGUGCUGCACCAAAGCAAGGAGCAGGGCAUCGCUCAGCAUACGUGCCAUCAAUAGCGGACAUAUUACACAUUGGCUGGUGGGCCACUGCUGCGGCCUGGUCUAUUCUUCAGCAGUUUAUCUUGAGUUUGACUUUUCCACGACUCCUUGAGGCAGUUGAGAUGGAAGACGAUGACUUUGCAGCCUCUCUGUCAAAGCAGAGUUGCAUUACUGAGCAAACGCAGUAUUUCUUCGAUAAUGAUAGUAAAUCAUUCAGUGGUGUGUUAGACUGUGGAAACUGUUCCAGAAUCUUUCAUGCAGAAAAACUUAUGAACACCAACUUAGUAUUCAUAAUGGUUGAGAGCAAAGGGACGUGUCCCUGUGACACACGCCUGCUCAUACAAGCAGAGCAGACUUCUGAUGGUCCAAAUCCCUGCGAUAUGGUUAAGCAACCCAGAUACCGAAAAGGGCCUGACGUCUGCUUUGAUAACAAUGACUUGGAGGAUUAUACCGACUGUGGUGGCGUUUCUGGAUUAAAUCCCUCCCUGUGGUCCAUCAUUGGAAUCCAGUUUGUCCUUCUUUGGCUUUUAUCUGGCAUCAGGCACUGCCAGUUAUGACCUCCCAAAGCCAAAUCUGCAUAAUUAAACUCCAGACCCUGCCAAAACAUGAGCCCACAAAUGCAUUAACAUAGGGUCAACCAUGGAAUCAGCAGAGCAUUAGCUGGGCCCAUAACAUGGCAUAAAACUAAGGCGCAGACUCCUAAGGCACCCACUGGCUGCAUGUCAGGGUGCCAGAUCCUUCAACUCGUGUGAAUGUUGCAUCAUCCGUGUAUAACAUCAAAGCAAAAUUUUAUAUGUGCUCUACUGGAAAAUUCGAGAGUUUGUUGUUGCACUGUAUGUGAUUAAUUGUAAAAGGGCUCCCCACACAACUGUUUAUGAAGCAUAAAAAUUGUCUUGAUUUUGACCUGGAAAUUUGACUUAACUGCAAUCCUUGUUCUUUUACCAAGAAAAUCUCUAGGGGAAAAGAAGUUUGUUUGGUUUUUUUUGCCUCCCUUAUUCUGUUACAAAUUAUUUUCUGUUUUGAGUAGUUAUUAUUGAAAAUAUAUAGAUAGAGAGAGAAUUAAAAGGGAUGUAAUCUUUUGAAAUAGAUAUAAUGGCCAAUUUUCUAUUUUAAAAAAUUGCCAUGAAUAAAAUGCCUUAUGAAGAAUGGCUUCUCUGCCAAAAAUAUAACAUAAAUGAUGACCAAUUAAGUUUUGGUGGGGUGAUAAAUUGGUUGCUUGGAAAUAACUAAGAAAUUAUUAAACUAAAGGUGCUUGAGGGUGAAAUUUGAAUAUGUGACAUAUUUCCUCAUACAUGUAAGCCCUUAAUAAGUGCUUCAGUGUAAUGUUCCUUUUGUUCACAGUAAAGUUAUGUAGUGCUAGCCAGAUAUUUCAAAAUGCUCUAAGAAAAGCUUGUUGGGGGAGGGGAAAAUGUUUUUCUUGUGAUAAAUGAACUUUGGUUACCAAGGGUAUUUUGCAUGAUGCUGCUGCUAUUUUAACUUUUUGUUUUUCUCUUACUGUAGAGGAUAGUCCAUUGAAAAGUUACAUGAGUGACAUUACUAUUAUGUAAGAAUUCGAACCUUACAGUGUAAUGCACUUAAGUCAUCUUUAACAAUGUUGUUAAGCUACUCUGAAUAUACUGUGCAAUGUAAAUGCUGAAUGAUUGGGUUAGAUCAGUGGCAAAAUGGGAAUUAACAGAUUUUAUACAGAUUCGUGCUUUUGCCUGAAAGCCUAUGUACAGAUAUUUUAAGUACAUAAAUCAGAAUUGACACAUUUAUUUUUGAAAAGUACAUAUAUGUUCUCAAUGAAGAUUCAUCCUAGGUUUCCUCUUUGUUCAUUUGAAUAGUGGCAUGUACAACCCCAAAUCUCUACUGCUGCUGCUGCUACUCUCCCUCCAUUUUAAACGGCGUGAUCACUUGACCAAAAUGUCCAAGCAGAUUGACGAGGGUUUUACAAUAAUCUGAACAAAUAGGAAACCUUGAAUCUAUAUGUAUGCACAUGAAUACUUGAUUAUGAAUAAUCAGAAUUGUUUUUAUACAGCCUCAUUGGUAAAAGUGGUUAGCAUAGUGAAUCAGAUAUUUCAUUAUAGAUUAAUAUGGAAGCAGAAUAUUAUUUAUGCUUUUAAAACUUAUUUUCAGGAGUAAACAGUAUUUGAAGAGAGGGUAAAAACAAUGAAUGUAACCCUAGUUAUAGUGAAUAAUUCUGCUGAAGGCUGGAAAUAUGCAGAUAUUUUUCAUGGUAAAAUGCAUUUGUUAUUUUUUUUUGAACAUGCCAAAUACUGGUUUGUGUAUAUGCUGGAAAUUAUCUUAUAUAUCCUUUUUAAGUCAAAAUCUUAUUACCAUUAUCCAGCAUGCUUUAGUAUGCUCACAUAUCAACAUAUAACCAAUUCUUUAGCAUAGCUUAAAAGAUAUAUUUGUUUUGUCUUUAGCUUCGCACACAUUUGUAAUUCCUACUGCCAAUAUACCCUAGGUACCAUUUGCAUACAUUUCCUUACUUAAAAUAUUUUUAUUUAAAAAUGGGGGAAGGGGGAAGUGGAUUCACUUUGCCAACUGUUGUUCUAAGAGUUAACAUCAGUUACCAUUUCUAAUGCAUUGUUGUGAUUUUGUAGUCUCAUUUGUAACUGGUAUUGACAUUUUAGAAAACACCAAAGUGAUUUAAAAAAUAUGGAACUUCUCACUCUAGUAGCUAUGUUUGAGUCAUGUUGUUUGUUAAUUCAAUAUUUAAAUCUUAUUGUUAACUUUUGCUAGACUAUUUUAAAUCAUGAAAGUGUUGGGAAGGGGAUACAAAAAUAUUAAAUUAUGUUAGUUUGUGUAUAUAAGCAACACGUUAAAACAAUUGAAUUGCUUCCAGCAUACAACAAACUACCUUAAAAUUAUCUUUAAAACCUAUUAAAUAUAUUUUCAUGGCUAAUGUCACUGAAGUAGUAUGUAUUCAUCAACUACUUUAUUGUUGUAUUAAUCACAGUUAAACUUGGCAUCUCUUGGCAGGGUCCUAUUUGAUUUCACAUGCCAUCAAAAUAUACUUUCAUGCAUGAGUCUUGCUGUGAUCCUUUACUUUUGCUAUACAAUAAGCUAAUAUAUUAGGACAACCACCUGAUUAUAAAUUGGGUAAGAACGUGCACUCUAAAACUUGUUCUGAAUCCUAAUACUACUUUCAUGCCUUUAGUAGACUUACUGUUUUGUAAGACAGUAACACUCAGCCCAUCAUAUUGUUAUGUUAAUUUAGGAUUUUUCUGUGAGUUCUAAUUGUUGACAAGAGCUUAAAUUAUAGCACAUUAUAAACAUUGAUUUUCAAAGACUAAACCGAACAAGAGAUCAAGAAAAGAACUUUUAAAACCUUCACUGAUUUAAUUUUUGCUACACUCAUGCAGCUUUGUGUAGUUUGUCAUUAAAACAAAUCUAAAUAAGUCUUGCAUUGGUGUUGAGUUACAGGAGCAAGUUUUGCAUUAAUAGUUUUCUUCAUUUGAACAACCAGCAUUACUGCCAAACACCAAUCGUGGUCCAUAUUUGUAACAGGUUUUUAACAUGACAUAGCAAGUUUGAUUGAAGAGAUUUUUAGGUCCUGGGCCUAUAAGAUUUUAGUGUGAUCUUUUUUCAUGUUUCUAAUGCUUGAGGCAUUAUUGCUUAACUUGGAAAAAACGAAACAGUGUUGCUGCCAUUUGUAAAUUUUCUUAUGAUAUUCCUUUUAUUAACUUUAAAACUGGCCUUACUGGGUUCAAAUAGGCAGUAUCCCUUUUAAGUGGCCUUUGCAACCCGAGUGUUACUUGCUUAUUUGAUGCUCUCUUGUAUCUCCAUCUUAUUUAAAUCUUCGUCUCCACCAAAGCUUAAAUUCUGUCUCUUAAUUUAAAACUCUAAACUAGUUCAUUGAUCAUGUUAGUUAACAUUCAAGUGUCUAGAGGUAUAGGGUUUAACCCAGUGAAACAAAUGGGUGUAGUGAUUUUUUAAGUGUAACAUAGAAUGAUUGAUUAUUCCACUUGCUCACAUUUUCAAAUAUUUUAUUGUUAUCUGGAACUUGUGUCAUUUUCCCAUAGCAGAAUGUUAAUAUUGCUAAUAAUCGGUGUGCAUUUGUAUAAGAAGCAAAUCAAGAAAUCAAAUGUAUCAACUGUUGAAAAAAAUCCAGAGCUUUGAAGACUUAGACAACCCUUACCAAUAAUUUCAUGUACCUUAUUUGAAAAACUCACUCAAAGAAAUUCCUCCGAGACUAAUGGGAUACUGUCUUGUAUAGAUGCCAACUGAGUUUACAGUGUGACCUGACAAAGCUCUCUUUUCUGUUGUGCUGUACGAUUGUUGGAUCAUGCUUUUUAGGGUACUUUUAUUAAAACGCUCAGUGUGCAUCCAUGCAAAAGGCCAAGUGGCUUUGUGGACAAAAGAUCUUUUCUCCCAUUUAUUAUGUUCUCUUGACACUUUUGUGGAAAUUAACUAGCCUGAUAAAAACAUUUUGUAAAAAUUUGUAUGAUACUGUUAUAAAAAUAUUUAUAAUCCCAGAAAAUGUUGUGUUAAAUCUUGUGCAAAAACAGUAUAUUCAGAAUAAAAGUUUAUCAUUUAAAGUCA